GACGACGACGAACGGGCGGAUCUGGUCAACGACGUUUGACCGAACUCUGAGAAAUAAAGGACAAGUCCAGGGCUAAAAGUGUCAUUUGCUUACGUGUUCUGCUCUGUCGUUGUUGUUGGUGUUUUUGGGGGUAUUCGAAGGCCUAUUCUUUCUCUUUUAUAUAAGGCUCCCACUUUGCUUUCUUUCUUCAUUUCUUGUUAUACAAAAUCUCACGGGAGAGAGAUUCAGAGAUAUGAGAACCAGAAGAGGGUUUGUUACCGUGAAGUGGACAUGUGUACGGACAAUAGAGUAGUGAAGAGAAGAGGGGAUUUUUCCGGCGACAACGUCGUUUGCUGCCGGAAACGGCAGAGGCUAGCGCCGGAGUCCGCCGGAAAGUCUGAUUUCUUUGAAGCCUUGCCGGAUGAUCUCGUCAUUUGUAUUCUCAGCAAACUCAGCUCCUCUGCUGGAUGUCCUUCGGAUUUCAUCAACGUUUUGCUCACAUGCAAAAGAUUUAACGGAUUAGGUCUUCAUUCUCUAGUGCUAUCCAGAGCUUCUUCGAAAUCGCUCGCCGUUAGAGCGAAGAACUGGUCUGAGUCGGCUCUUCGGUUCUUGAAACUUUGCGCCGAUGCCGGCAACGUCGAGGCGUGCUACACUCUUGGCAUGAUUCGUUUCUACUGUUUACAAAAUCGAGUGAGCGGAGCUUCGCUGAUGGCUAAAGCCGCUAUAAGUUCGCACGCGCCGGCACUGUACUCGCUUGCCGUGAUACAGUUCAACGGUAGCGUCGGCUCCAAGAACGACAAGGAUCUUCGAGCCGGCGUGGCUCUCUGUGCCAGAGCUGCGUUCCUCGGCCACAUCGACGCGCUUCGCGAACUUGGCCACUGCCUCCAAGACGGCUACGGCGUUCGCCAAAACGUUGCUGAAGGACGGCGGUUCCUUGUCCAAGCUAACGCCAGAGAGCUAGCCGCCGUCCUCUCCUCGGCAUCUUCGGCAGUUUCGUCGCGCUCGUGGCUCACGUGGAAUCCACACCAACAUCAUCGCCAUGUAACCGGCUCGGGAUGUCCGUUAUUAAGCGAUUUCGGCUGCAACGUGCCGGCACCGGAGGCGCAUCCAGCAAGCCGCUUCUUGGCGGAGUGGUUCGCCGCUCGUGGUGGCGUUCCCGGUCCAGGGCUGAGGCUUUGCUCUCACGCCGGUUGUGGACGUCCGGAGAUGAGACGACACGAGUUUCGUCGCUGUUCCGUGUGUGGUAUCGUGAACUAUUGCUCUCGCGCGUGUCAAGCACUCGACUGGAAGUUGCGCCACAAGGCAGCGUGCGCGCCGGUGGAGCGUUGGCUAGUCGACGACGGUGAUGCUAACGGAGAAGGUGCUGUAGCCGGCGCCGCAGCGGAGGACGACGUCAUCGUCGCUAGUUAACGGUGACGCUUUUCGUUACUGACGGUAACGGCACAGAUGAGUUCUAAGGAAACCAAAAGAAAAAAAAAUCAGGCCAUUUUUGCUGAAAAAUUAAUUUUAACUUUAUUAUGGUCUUUGGAACGCACAGAGUUUACUCCCGUUGUUUGUAUAGAUAGGGGUAUUUCGGAGAAUUCGAUGGGGCGUUUUCCAUUUUCUUUAUUUCCUUCUUUUUCUUCUUUUUUUUUGGGUUUAUAGAGCAAUUGGAAGCCUUAAUCUCGGACUCGUUGCAUUAAAAAUCAUCGUUUGUUUUGGUAAAUCUUUAAAUCUCCUUUUAUUUGAAUUUUGGAUUACUUUGGA